AUGCGUGCGAGAAUUGAUCCCUCUUUCUGUGAAUAUUUGAUGCGAAUUGGAAAUGGAAUAGAAAAGACAAAUAUGGAUAACAAAAUACAAAUCCCGAGAUCUUUUAUUGUUCCUUAUACUACUGAAAGACAGUCGUUGGACAUGUUAUUCAAAAUAAUAUAUCCUGAUUUGCAUACUCUUUUUCAGGAUUCCUCUACUUUAACUUCCCGUGUUAUUUUGACGACUAAAAAUGAUUUUGUUGAUGAAAUAAAUAAUAGGCUUAUAACUCAAUUUCCUAAAGAUGCUAAGAUAUUUGUUGCAACUGAUGAAACUAUUGAACCGAAUGAUCAAAGUCAAUUUGAGGAUUUUUUACAUUCAUUGAAUCCUGCUGGUUUGCCUCCUUACAAAUUAAUACUGAAACAAAAUUGUCCCAUCAUGUUAUUACGAAAUUUAAAUCCUUGUGAAGGUUUAUGCAAUGGUACACGAUUGAUAUGCUGCGAUUUUAAGAGUCGUGUUAUAAGCGCUCGAAUUGCAAGUGGUGAUUUUAAGAAUACACAUGUAUUUAUUCCCAGAAUACCAUUAUUAUCUUCAGAUGAUGAAAAAUUACCUAUCCCAUUUAAAAGAACACAAUUUCCUGUACGUCUGUGUUUUGCUAUGACUAUAAAUAAAGCACAAGGACAAACAUUAGAUUAUGUUGGAAUUUAUUUGCGUGAACUAGUAUUUUCUCAUGGUCAAUUAUAUGUUGCUUUAUCGAGGGCGAAAAGUGCAAACUGUGUAAAAAUAUUAAUCCGACCACCUACUGCAGAUAACGACGAUGAUCAAUCUACAUAUAAUAUAGUAUAUGAUGAGAUCAUUCAAAAGGCCCUUCUAUAA